AUGCAGCUGAUAACUGAAAUUCAGUCUCACAAGUCUCAAAAGCCCGAGGACUGGCUGAAUGCAUUGAUUGUGCCGAACAUAGAGUGGGUCUGGUCAGAGGAUGAUUUCUCUAAAACAAAGCCUCAGUAUGUUGAGCAGCUACGCUUCAAACAGGGAGCGGAGCUGGUGUUGGAGACUUUGCAAGACUUAGAAAGGGUUGAUGAUGAAUCUAAAUUGGAGAUUUUGUUGGCUUUGAGCAAAUUCAGCAAUGCCAACGUUCCAUGGUCUUCGAGGGCUCUGCAGGCAUUGUCAGCCAGAGUGCUGAAAAAUCUGGAAUUGGACAAUCGGACUGAUCUGAAUGACCAGCUACUCAAAACUAUCAUCCAGUCGAAGCUGAGAGCCUUGUCAUCCUUGAAAUCCGAGUCACGAGUGAGUGCUACUGGUUAUAGAAGACAGCAGAUCAAGGAUGACCUGUUCAAGGGAGUCAAGCCGGUUUUACAAAACCAGUUUUCGUCAUCGUUGAACGAGCUUGAUCGCUGGAAAAUAGAGAACAUGUCGUUGCUUUCAACUCUUUAUUAUGUUUCGCUGGCCGAAAAUAAAGAGCUGUUGGUAUCCAAUUGGGGCAUCAUACUUCCAUUGCUACUGAACUAUUUUGAUGAGAUUGAAGGUCUGGUAAAAGCCGAGUGCUGUCGUAUUUUGGGAAAUAUCAUGGUCUGUCUGGACUCAGGCUUGAAGGAAGAGGUCAAUUCGAAGGAAUACUUCAAAAAAAAAACCAGAAAUCAUAUUAUGCAGACUGGUGUUUCAGAAGUCUUUGACGAGUGUCUGCGCCCAUGUCUGCUGCAACUUCCAAAGCUGACUCCCCCGGAAAAAUCCUACAAGAUUCUGUCCGUAGCAUAUCCAACGCUGUUCAUGUUGCUCAAGACUUCAUCCUCAAGUUACAAAGAGUUCUGCGAGAAGGUUACGGAGAUUAUCAAUCUGUACUGUCUGGUAUCGCUGGACUCUGUGAAGAGCCAUUAUCGAUUGAUGGUUUUUCUCAUUGACGAACUCAAAAACGAGCUGAUUCCUUCUAUUGGAUCAUAUGUUCUUCUAAGCAUGAGCAAGCUCGUGAGGAUGCUACUGGAUGUGGUUGAUGAUCCAUUUACUCUGUUCACACCUAACCUACUGCUUGAUGCUCUUGAUACCCUCCGUCUCAUUCUGGAACAGGCACCUCAAAGAGCAGCACAUUAUAGGUACGAUCUUCUUGGAGGACUCAUAAAGUUGUGGAGACAUCUUGCAAAAGAAGAGCACAAUUCACACUCCGACCACAUCAGUGUGGGACUACAUCUGGUCAAGGUGAAACUUUUGGAGCUUGUAGCGCAAAUCGAGCUUUUGUGUGAGAAAGCCCCCGAGUUCGGAAAAGAUGUUGAGAAUUUGGUUAAGCUUGAUCCUUCGCUGAAGAUUUUAUUGCAGCAAUAA